GCAGCGCAAAGUGACCUCGCCGCCGAGCUUCAGAAGGCGAAAGAUGAGGCAGCCACCAUCGAGCGUGAACUUUCGGCAUCACUCCAUGCAGCUGAGGUGGCGCGCGACCAACUCCAGUCGCAAAUAGAUGCCCUUGCUGCCAAGGUGGAGGAGAAAGACCGCGAGGUCACAGACGUGGCAAAUGCGGCACAGGCCACCAAAGCGGACCUCACAGCACAGCUCAAAGCGGCGAGGGAGGAGGCGGCUUCGAACCUGAAAGCCAAGCUCUCCGGCGGAGAGGCCGCCGAUCGCCUGCAACGGAAAGUCGCUGAGUUGGAAGUUGCCAACGACGAGCUUCAGGCCUCCAAAACGGAUGUGGAGAGCCAGCUGAAAUCCCGGGAGGAGGCCGUCGAAGGCCUUCAGAGUCGUCUCGCCGACCUGGAGGCGAAGAGAAAGCACUUUGAAGACCUCGUCUCGACGGUCCGGAACGAG